AUGCCAACCUACUUGUGUCACGGUUUUCGGUGGACGCGUAGACUGAUCCGCAUUUUCGUUAUCCUGGAGGAUCUAGAUGAUGCCGCGCCGGACUGGAUCACUGGACGCGCCACCUCAGCGGUCAUCCUCGAACGCCUUGGCACCAAAUUUGACUACUUGCCUCAGCGCGAUGACAAUCUAACCGUGCCGCCAUCACGUGUUCCCGACUCUGAGGACAGUGUCCUAGUCAACCAAUCUUCUCCUGUGAAGCUGCUGGAGGAGUACGACCCGGAGGAAACAUCAAUCUCGGCGCGACCGUUUGCCUAUGUCGCAGACCACGUCAUUCGCAUAGAUUUAAGCGUCAACGUCUUGGAGGAGAUGGCCAGAUAUGAGGCUCUCGUCAAGGAGAGGAAUGAAGGUAACUGGCUAGAAAGGCUUCGUGAUGAGCUGCAACAGGGGGCGCCUAUCGAGUGGUACGUCGUCGUCAAUGGAGACGAGGAGCGU